AUGUCCACUCCGCCCGACGCCGCAACUAUCGCCCGCCUCUCCUUGCACGAUCCCGCACACUUUGGCAUUCAGCACUCCCAAACUCUGCACCGCCUCGCGCUCCUGCAGCACUGGAACAUUGCCACUGAUGCCAAGGUGCUGGAAUUAGGCUGUGGUCAGGGGGACUGCACAACCGUCCUUGCCAAUGCUGUCGGCGAGGGAGGGAAGGUGGUAGCAGUCGAUCCGGCAGAUCUGGAUUAUGGUGCCCCGUAUACUCUUGGUCAAGCACAAGGCCACAUUUCACAAGGCCCGUUUGGUAGCCGGAUUACCUGGGUCCAGCAACCCACAUUGGACUACCUCUCUUCUCUACAACCCUCUUCUAGCUCCUCCCCAGUCUUCGAUGCAACUGUGCUUGCACACAGUCUCUGGUACUUUGCCUCCCCCUCGCUCAUUUUGUCUACCUUGUCUGCUAUUAAGCAGCAUAGCAAGCGCCUCCACCUUGCUGAGUGGUCGCUAGCAGCGACGCACCCCUCUGCCCAACCUCAUGUACUAGCUUCGCUUACCCAGGCGGCCUUGGAGUGCCGUAAAGAGAAUAGCAUCUCCAACGUCCGAACAGUGCUGGGGCCAAAGCGGCUUACCGAGUUGGCCGUGGCUGCCGGGUGGAAGCUGGAGAGCGAAACCCGCGUGCAAGCUGGAGAAGGACUGUUGGACGGACGAUGGGAAGUGUCUGCUUGUCUUGAUUCCUCCUUUGAAGAGGAAGUAGAGGAGCAAGUGAAAGACGGCCGAGAACGUGCAGUGGUUCUAGCGUUACGUGAUGCGUGUGAGGCGAGCUUGGGGGGUAUAGAAGGGGGUCAGAAAGGUGUCAAGACCAUGGAUAUCUGGGUUGCUAAUUUCGUUUGA